UUACGAACUCAAUCUUUUGCAGUUCUGUUGCUAGAGAAGAUGGAAUAUGAUGACAUUUGUAACAAAACUCUGAAGAUUACAGACUUUGGUCUGGCUAGAGAGUGGCACAGAACAACCAAAAUGAGUGCAGCAGGGACUUAUGCGUGGAUGGCUCCAGAAGUGAUCAAGUCCUCCAUGUUUUCUAAAGGAAGUGAUAUUUGGAGUUACGGAGUGUUGCUGUGGGAACUGCUUACAGGAGAAGUUCCUUACCGUGGCAUUGAUGGCCUUGCUGUGGCUUACGGAGUUGCUGUCAAUAAACUUACUCUGCCCAUUCCAUCCACCUGCCCUGAACCAUUUGCAAAACUAAUGAAAGAAUGCUGGGAGCAGGACCCUCAUAUCCGACCAUCGUUUGCCUUAAUUCUUGAACAGCUUACUGCCAUUGAAGGGGCAGUUAUGACUGAAAUGCCUCAAGAGUCUUUCCAUUCCAUGCAAGAUGACUGGAAGUUGGAAAUUCAACAGAUAUUCAAUGAAUUGAGGACCAAGGAAAAAGAGCUUCGAUCGCGAGAAGAAGAGUUGACAAGAGCAGCUCUUCAGCAAAAAUCUCAAGAAGAAUUACUUAAGCGCCGUGAGCAACAGUUAGCAGAACGUGAGAUCGAUGUACUGGAGCGUGAGCUGAAUAUCAUGAUAUUCCAGUUAAAUCAAGAGAAACCCAAUGUAAAGAAAAGGAAGGGCAAAUUUAAAAGAAGCCGGUUAAAACUUAAAGAUGGACACAGAAUUAGUUUGCCUUCAGAUUUCCAGCACAAAAUAACAGUGCAGGCAUCCCCCAAUCUGGACAAGAGGAGGAGUUUAAACAGUAACAGCUCUAGUCCAUCAAGUAGCCCCACAAUAAUUCCUCGUCUUCGAGCUAUACAAUUAACUUCAGAUGAAAGCAACAGAACUUGGGGAAGGAGCACGACAUACCACCAAGAAGAGUUUGAAGAUGUGAAGAGAAGUUUUAAAAAGAGAGGUUGUACAUGGGGACCAAGUUCAGUUCAAACAAAGGAUCGUGCAGAUUCUAAGGACAAAGUAAGACCCCUUUCAGAUGGCAGCAACCCAUGGUCAACCGUUCUAAUGAAAAAUCAGAAGGGUGUUCCCUUAGCUUCACUAUUUGUGGAUCAAGGUGUCUGUACUGAUAAGAAACUUCUCCCUGAAGGUUUGGACAGUAAAAGACCAAAGCCAAUUAAGUUGCCGAAUCAGGCCUAUAUUAACCUACCUCUUUGGAAAGAUGAUCAGGGAGAGAAUACAGUAGAACAUGAGAGCUUUGAAGAAGGAACCUCUGCUAGUUCUACAAAUAGUACUCCUCAAAUGACACCUACAAACAGUCUGAGCAGGACGCUGCAGAAAAAGAAGACUGAUUCAGUGCUGUAUGGAUGUGCUGUCCUCCUUGCAUCGGUUGCCCUGGGCUUAGAUAUCAGGGAGCUGAACAAAUCACAGGGUCCAGAUGAACUCUUGCCUAAAGAUGAGAAGAAGCAGCGUGAUGGAAUAUUUCAGCGUGCUUCAAAAUUUCGCAGGAGCGUUUUUUUGCAGUCCAAGAAAGAAGAAACAAGUAUUCCAUCCCUAAAUCCAGCUGCAAAUACUGUGAAUCUUCUCUCUAUGCCCUCCAUUUCCACAAAAUGCCUACUUCAGUCUGAUAGUGAAGAUGCAUUUGUAAGCACUGUGCUUGGUGGCUGUGGUCCAUGUAGUUCCACUGAUGACUUUUCAUCUGAAACUUCUGAAAAUAAGAGAGAACAGAGGAUACAGCUGGCUCCUAACACAGUUUCUACACGAUUAAAAAAUCAACCUUUUAAUCUUUCUCUGAAACAAGACUCUCAAAAUGUGCCAAAUGAUUCCUUGACAAAGUUAAGUGUGUUGGGUCACAGACGAACCUUAUCAGAUGGGAACAAUUUUCAGACCACAGCUAAUGGAUUUGCUUCAACCAGUGAUGUCUCCGCAUUACCAGUUCUGUCAGUUACUGGACCUCUGCGUUGUCCGUCUGUUCAACAAAGAAGCAAUCACAGGGAUGUUUCAACUGAAAAGCAAAGCGCUGUCAAUAUUAUAUCAAGGCCUCGACCUUCUUCUCUAAGAAAUAAAAUUGAUGCAUGGCAAAUUAUUCCACGUAUUAUUAAACCAAACUCUAAAGACUCUGAAUAUUUAGAGGGCAGUGUAGAUCCAGAUGUAAACUUCUUGCCAGGAACUGAGGAAAGAACUAACUGCCACAUGCCCUCGUUACUUGAUAUUGAUGUGGAAGGCCAAAACAGAGACUGUACUGUGCCUUUAUGUAGAAUGAAGAACAAAACUUGUCGACCAUCUAUAUAUGAACUGGAGAGAGAGUUUCUGUCGUGA